AUGGAGGGCCGGGGAGCGGAGAUGCGGAAGAUCAGAGAAAGUGCAACAUUGACCAGAGAUGUACUUGAGCAACAUUUUAAUGAUUUGAAAGGGACCCUAAAGAAGCUGUUGGAUGAACGACUGAUGUCCCUGCUGCAGGAGGUGGAUGCUAUAGAACAAGAGAGCAUCAAACCCUUGGAUGAAUGUCAGAAGCUAAUAGAGCACGGAGUCAGUACAGCUGAUGAUCUGCUCCGGGAAGGAGAGAGUGCAGUCCAUGGAGAUGUGGGACAACAGAAUGAGAAACUGUGCAGCUUUACAAAAAAAGCUUUACAUAUUCAGCUAGAUAGCUUACCAGAAGUGCCCUCCUUGGUUGACGUGCCUUGUUUAUCUGCCCAGUUGGAUGACUGCCUUCUUACUAUAUUGAAAAAUCAAAUAUUCAGACAUGGAACUGUGGCAUCUCACCCACCUGUACAGCUAGAGGAAUUCGUUGAGAAGCCUGGAGGUAUUUUAGUCCGAUGGUGUAAGGUGGAUGAUGACUUCAUACCACAAGAUUACAGACUGCAAUAUCGUAAGGGUACUGCCAGUCACUUUGAAGAUGUGUAUGUCGGCUCAGAGACAGAGUUCAUAGUGCUGCAUAUUGAUCCUAAUGUUGAUUACCAGUUCAGAGUCUGUGCCCGAGGAGAUGGACGGCAAGAGUGGAGCCCGUGGAGUGUUCCUCAGAUCGGCCGUACCACGCUAGUUCCCCACGAAUGGACAACUGGUUUGGAGGGUUACAGCUUGAGCAGUCGAAGAAACAUAGCACUUCGAAAUGAUUCUCAGUCAUGCGGUGUGCUCUACUCCAAAGCUCCUACUUAUUUCUGUGGGCAAACGUUAACAUUCAGAAUUGAAACCGUGGGACAGCCAGACAGACGAGACAGCCUAGGAGUGUGUGUGGAGCAGCAGAACGGCUAUGAUUCUUUGCAGCGGGAUAAAGCUGUGUGCAUUAGCACAAAUGGGGCGGUAUUUGUAAAUGGAAAAGAGAUGACAAACCAACUGCCUGCUGUUACUUCUGGAUCGACUGUGACGUUUGACAUGGAAGUUGUGCAAUUAGGGCCUUCCAGCAACGAGGGAGGGAACUUCAAGCUUAGAGUAACCAUCAGCUCUAACAACAGAGAAGUGGUCUUUGACUGGGUACUUGAUCAAUGCUGUGUCUCUUUGUAUUUUGGAUGUUCAUUUUCAUACCCAGGCUGGAAAGUUUUGGUGUUUUAGAAGCGAGUGAAGGGAUUUUUGCUCUUGCUAUAAAGUGUAAUGUUAAAACCUGGGUUU